AUGUCUCCAAGUGCUUUUACAAUAACGGACUUCAUCUCCGAGACCAAAGAUGACUUUAACUCGCCCACUACCUCGACGUUCAACUCGAGAAUUCCUCACUGCAAGCAGAUGGUCAACUCGAUUGAGGAGAACUUGGACUUGGACCGAAAUGGCUUGUCCAAAAUGAAGAAGGCCGUCAAGGCAAUCUACAAUGGGGGAUGUGCUGACAGCGAAAACAAGAUUUAUCUUUCGGAAGCACUGGAAAAGCUUGGCGUCAACUCUACCAGCAGAGAAAAGGAUGAAUUCAUCGGGCCAGCUUUUGUCAAGUUUUCCUUCAUCGUCAAGGAGCUUUCACAGCUGGAGAAAAAUCUGAUGCAAAACAUUCACAACAUCAUCAUGUUUCCACUUGAAAAUGUACUAAAAGGCGAUCUGAAGGGCGUGAAAAAUGACCUAAAGAAACCGGUUGAUAAGGCCGUCAAGGAGUACGAGAUCAAGUGGAGUAAACUGGAGAAGGAGAAGAAGGCCCAGGCAAAGGAGGCGGGACUGAUCAGGACGGAGCUGUCCGGCGCCGAGACCGCCGAGGAGAUGGACAGAGAGCGAAAGCAGCUGCAGUAUCAGAUGUGCGACUACCUCAUCAAGGUCAAUGAUAUUGAGGCGAAGAAGAGCUUCGACCUGCUGGCUCACUUCAUCGAGUUCUUCAACGCCCAGUGCAAGUACUUCAAAGCCGGCCUGGAGGCGGUGGAGCAAUUUAACUCGUACAUCACUGAGCUGAGCGCUCAGCUGCAGAACAUUCGCCAGCGCAAGGAGGACGAAAAGCGCGAGCUGGUCGAUCUGAGGAACCUGCUGAAGACCUCCAGCACCAUUCAGUCAGAGUUGAGCGGUUCGCUGCUGAACAGCUCAGUUUCGGGAGAAGGUGGGGAUGGCGCCUCGACCACAGGAGGGGCGGCGGGAAAUCGCAAGUCCUGCGGCUACUCACUGCACCAGCUGCAGGGGAACAAGCAGUUUGGCUGCUACAAGCAGGGCUACCUGCUGAAGAAGUCGGAGAGCAAGAUGCGCGUCAAGGUGUGGCUGAAGCGGAAGUGCGAGGUGAAGGACGGCUUCAUCUUCAUCUGGCACUCGGACGAGUCGAAACCGCCCACCAAGGUCAAUCUGCUCACCUGUCAGAUUAAGACCAUUGCGCCGCUGGCGAAUCACAGCUCAGACGGCGGCGGAUCUAUCAGCACUGUG